CGAGCACAAUAUAUAGUUAAACAUUGAAGAAUCCGACGUUAGGAGCGCCGUUUUUCUGCUUGGGUUAACGCAAAGUACUCUCUGAACUCUUCAAUCGAAAAUGCCUAAGCAGAUUCAUGAGAUCAAGGACUUCCUUCUCACUGCCAGAAGGAAGGAUGCACGCUCCGUAAAGAUCAAGAAGAGCAAAGAUGUUGUCAAGUUCAAGGUCCGCUGCUCCAAGUACUUGUACACACUUUGCGUGUCCGAUGCAGAGAAGGCUGAUAAGUUGAAGCAGUCUCUUCCUCCAGGUUUGAGUGUUCAAGACCUGUGAAAAUAUGACUGCCCCAAGUUUGUCACCGGAUCUAUAGGCGAAGAAAACUAGAUUCUAGUUUUUCUUGUAUUUGAUUUGGUUUUGCUGAUUCAGAUAUUUCAGAUUUUGAUAAUUUGUGGAUUCAGAUGUUAAAGUUAUUAUCCGUUGUUGAUUCUGAAUGGAUAGAUUUACGCUUGGAUAUUUAUUAUUCAAAUCCAUAUUACUUAUACGGA